AUGGCUGCCCGGAUAGGCGAUAUCAAAAUGCUUGAAUACUUGCUGCGCGAGAAACAAGCAGAUGCAAACUCGUGUCAGCCAGAUGGGUCAACGCCCCUUAUUCUCGCACUGAAACAUAACAAAGUCAAUCCCAAGAGACAUAAUGUUGUAUUUACUCUGCUCAAUAACGGUGCCAAAGUCACGUUGAAGAACAAGAAGGGGGAAACAGCCAAGGAUAUUGUUAAACGCACGAAGGUCGAGGGUGAUAAGAGUGUCUUAGUCCUUCUGAAAUCCUAUAAGGUCAUCGACAGGACUAGUACAAUAAGACGUCAGAGCAAUGUUUCAUAA